UUGAGCUCAGAGGAGGAUCCUCGCUUCUCAAUGUUUCUUCACAGGGCUCAGUCGAUCCUUUCUCCUCAGUCGAAAAGAACCUUCCCGAGAUAGUUGGAAGUCCAAGUUCGCUGAAGGAGCACCAUUAUGAUCAACACCAUGGAAUGCGCUGUUGAUGCGCAGAGCAUGAUCUCCAUUUCCCUCAUGAAGAUCCACAACUCCAGGACUCAGAGGGGUGGCAUCAAGUUGCACAAAAACCUGCUGGUCUCCUACGUGCUAAGGAACGCCAGGCAGCUUUACAUCAAGGAGAAAUACGCGGAAAUUUACAGGAUGCAGCAAUACGAAGAGGUGAUGACGGUGUGCAACGAGAUCCAGGAGCUGAACCCGUUGGACCUGGAUACGGAGGACACCGAGAACGAGGAGCAGACGCGGGCUGCUUGCUGCGGCGGCGACGAGGCGAGUCUCCACGGCCGCCCAGCGAGCGCGCUCUCCGGCUGCGCCUCUCCGGGGGACGCCUGCAAAGAAGCGGAGCCGUCUUACUACAGAAGCUGCUGCAUGGAGGUCUCACAUUGCGAGCCGAACAACCCCACGUACUGCAACAAAACCACCGUGCUGGACUUGGACACGCAUGUUGUGACCACGGUGGAAAACGGCUACCUCCACCAGGACUGCUGCUGUGACGCGCUCCACGCCGGCCAGGGCGCGCAGUCCCCCGGCAAGAAACGAAAGGUUGACUUUGAGUGCUGCUUGUGCGACGUGGAUGAGAUGACGGAUUUUUCCGUCUCGCGUAAACGGCUAAAACGCGAAGAGUAUACGUACUGUAACCCGGACUACACGGACACUUCCAACAUCUCCAACCUGAUCUCCAUCUUCGGCUCGGGCUUCACGGGGCUGCUGAGCAGGCAGGCUGACUUGGAGCAGAUCUGUAGCAAACAGGCACUGGCCAGUCUGGGAGCGUGGACUCGUGCCAUUGUGGCGUUUUGAAGCCAACUCUAUAUUUAAAGGGCGAUCGGGCGCAACUGUACCACGUUUCCCACAUGUCAGUGAUGGAGACGUAUGCUUUAACGCAUGUAUUUAUUUGGUAACAUAGCAAGCUCCCAAAUGCGAGCAGCGGGAUGUUUCCAAACGAGUUCUGCUAACAAAACACAUGCGAGGUGGUUCUACAAAUGUUCUGUAGAUGGAGACAUAUGAAAAGGACAGGAAAUUGUCCACUGACAUCAUUAUGACGAAAAGCUGUCAGGAACCUUCAAAAAGUAAAUCUAACCAUAAAUGUUCUUCCAAGGUUGUAGAACUUCAUUGGAACAACGCGAUAACAUACUGCAUUACACAAGUAGUGUUCCAUAUCUUGUCAUGACUCAGUGGCAUAAGAUGUGCUCCAUGCAAUACAUGUGUGUAUCUGCAGAACAUGCUGGUAGGUUAAAACCGGCUGCCAUUUGAACAACAGAUAAUAUUAACAACCUCCAUUAACCAAGCACUACAGAGACGGCAAGAUGUUUCUAACCUCAGUGUAUUGAAUACAGGCAAUGAAGGGAUGAAGAAUUAUACCUCAUCAUUGGUGUAUACUGAAUGACAUCACUCGCACUUUUCUAUUAGGGGCUAAUUUACCCCGACAAGGUCAGAGUGGAAAGAACUUUAUUUUUGCAGGAAAGACAGAUAUUUAAACACUGAGAAAUGUAUGAGUAUAGGAGUCUUGUCAAAUACAGUGGGAGAUACACACACGUGGAUGAGUCUGAUAGUCAAUUGACUUCUGUUGCCUUAAAAACAAAUGCACACUACUAGCUAUUGUCAGAAAUAGCAAGUUUAAUGAAAGUGGCUGAAUGUCUGCUGUCCUCUCUUUUGCUCAUGCUCAUCUGUUUUUCAUUCUUCUUCUUCUCCAAAUGGACCUUGCACAUUCUGAACAGUUUCAUCAUAUUGUGGAACAUCACACUCUAAACUCUUCCUGAGGUACAUAUAGACAGUGAAGUGACAACAAUCAAAUCCUGAUAGGAAACAGUUACACUGGGAGUCUGACAUACAGUAUAUCUUUAUUAAUCCUGUCAGUUUAACUGUUCACGGUCAUACAUGAUUCCAAAAUGUCUUGGUUUUGUGAGUUUCACUUUGUUUUGUAAAAGAAUUAUGUGAGUCCUUUUGUUUUAAAAAGGUAAACUCAUUAUUAGCCAUAACCAUGCAUUAGCUUUAUGAGCACUAUGUGUACCAAAAUAAAGAGAGUAUUCUAUCAUUCUCUACAUAUUUUGUUGCUAUUCUUGUAUUUUUCUGCUAAAAAUCGUAUAUUCCGGGUAAAACUGUAAAAAAAAG